CGAAAUUUGAAAUGCAACGCGCUCAGUGUGGCUGUGACUGCGGAAGGAUGUGGACAAAGGUACAAGAAGCUGACCGCUAAAUAAAAAAAAAAAGAAGAAGGAAAAGGAACAGGAAAAGAAGGAAACUUCGCCGAAAGGCUUCACCUUUUAACGUUUCUCCAGAGUGUCUUAAAUUGCAGAACACCAUGGAGACUGCGGUGCUGAGCCUCCAGAGCUUAUAUGAUAAGCUGAGGACACAAGCUGACCUUCUCAACGAGAACAUUGAACCCAAUUUCAUUCAGAUGGCACAAAACUUUGAUGACUGCCGUCGCAAGUGGCUUAGGGCCGAGCAGGAGCUGGGCUCCUGCAAGGAGAUACUCACCAAAACGGAGACGGAGAGAGGAUCCUUGGAGGUCAAACUGAAACAUGCCCGCAACCAAGUAGACGUGGAGAUAAGGCGCAGGCAGAAGGCCGAGUCCGACUGUGAGAAGUUGGACCGUCAAAUUCAGUUGAUCCGGGACCUCCUGACCAGCGAGGGAUCGAGCAACAGCAUCCAGCUGAGUGCCGAACAGCGCUCGGCUCUGGCCUUCCUGAACACAAACUGUCAGGCAGCCACCAAUCUGAACACCAGCCGAAGACUGGUGACGAUCGACGAGUCUGCCUCCAUCUUGUCAGAUAUCAGCUAUGACAAAACCGAUGACUCUCUGGACUGGGACUCCUCCACCAUAAGGACUGUGCGACUCAAAAAGCGAGAAAAAAGGCGCUCCUCAAGAAACCAUGUCGAUGGUCCUCCGUUGGCAUCCAAAAGGUCCAGAUCAACAGGCAGAACUUCAGCCAUGGGAAAUGAGACCCUUGUGACGAAGACCACAGUGACUGUCCCUGUCAAUGGAGGACCUGUUGAGGCAGUUUCCACCAUUGAGACUGUUCCUUAUUGGACUCGCAGCCGGAGGAAGACUGCUGAUCUGGAAUGGGACUCUGAAUCUGUCAAGUCUGAGGACGUCUUCAAACAGCCCGUCAACCCUGAGGCAGAGAGAAAACCAGAGCCUAGCACACCUCAGAGCACCGGAGGCGUCCGUCAUCAUGAGUUUGUCUCCAAAACUGUCAUUAAGCCUGAAUCCUGCGUGCCCUGUGGAAAGAGGAUCAAGUUUGGCAAGAUUUCUCUGAAGUGCCGUGACUGCAGGGUGGUGUCGCAUCCCGAAUGUCGCGAGCGUUGCCCUCUGCCGUGCAUCCCCAACAUGGGUGGCACGCCAGUAAAAAUAGGGGAGGGUGUGCUCGCAGACUACGUUCCAGACACUUCACCCAAGAUCCCCCCCCUUGUUGUCCACUGUGUAAGUGAGAUUGAACAAAGGGGCCUGCACGAGGCUGGAUUGUACCGUCUGUCUGGUGCCGAUCGCACAGUGAAGGAGCUAAAGGAGAAGUUUCUCCGCUCCAAAACGGUUCCCGUUCUCAGCAAGGUGGAUGACAUCAACGCCAUCACUGGCCUCCUCAAGGACUUCCUGAGGAACCUCAAGGAGCCUCUCCUCACCUUCCGCCUUAACCGCCCCUUCAUGGAUGCAGCAGAAGUUUCAGAUGACGACAACAGCAUCGCUCUGAUGUACCAGACCAUCAGUGAUCUGCCUCAGGCCAACAGAGACACGCUGGCUUUCAUGAUCCUGCACCUUCAGAGAGUCGCGGACAGUGUGGACACCAAGAUGGACAUCAGUAACCUGGCCAGAGUUUUUGGUCCAACCAUUGUGGGUCAUGCAGUUCCCAACCCAGACCCUAUGACAAUCCUACAGGAUACCAAGCGACAGCCUAAGGUUGUGGAGCGUCUGCUGGCUCUGCCGGUGGAUUACUGGAGCCAGUUUGUGAUGGCGGAAAACGAGCAGCCGAACUUGAACCACUUGAUCAUCGAGAACGCAAACUGCUAUGCCACCCCUGAGAGAAUGAGCAUGCUGGGGCCUCUGACCACUCCGGAGCACCAGUUCAAUAAAACCCCCUCCUCCAGCUCCCUGUCUCAGCGCAUGAAGUCCACUCUGACACCCAGAUUUGGGAGCAAGAGUAAAUCAGCGGUGGGAUUUUCUCGCCAAGGAAAGUUCUUUGCAUCUCCACUCCUCAAGUAAUCCAAAGCAGGUCGAAUGGUACUACAAUAACAACCAACCCAAUUUUGUUUUUAUGCAUAACACAUAACUAAAGCUAAAAAUGCCUCCAGCCUAGUCUUCCUUUAUAUUUUAUUACACAUCAGUACCCAGCUGUGUCAUUUGUAUGAUUUUACAUGUUUGUAAAAGGGUAAUCAUAUUUUAACCAGGUUUUUAGGCUUUCACAUCUAUGCACACUUUAGAGUGGUUGCUUUUGCUAAAUGCUUCACGUGUUCUCAUUUUAGAUCUUAACAUGUGAGAAUGUGUACUCAGUCCUUGAGAAGUGUGCUGAAAAUAUGUACUGUACAUGCACAGUUUUAUUGUGACCUGCUUCUAAAUGUAAUCGUUUCCUCUAAGAGUUUUUCAGCUCAUGUGUCACUCAGAAGUUGAAGAACCAAUUCUUUGGCAUUUCAUUCUAGGAUUUAAUUGAAUGCGUGCUUUCUUGUAGCAUGACCUUUUAGUUUUGAUGUUUGUUUAACACUUUUGUUUCUGUUUGAGUUGUCUUCCUUUGCCAGUGACUUGUAAUGUAAACAUUGAGAAUCGUACAAGCCCUUUUCAGACUUUGAAUACAAAAACUAGUUCUAAGACCUCGAUGAAGACCUUUCUCAUCCUCAGGAUCUUCUCAAGUCAUCAACGACGAGCUUUUGAAAGCUUGCGGAUACAUUUUUUUUUUCAUUGAUAUCUUGAGGAAGGUCACUGAGUUUAAAAGUGGCAUUGCCAGUAAUAAUCGGUAACAUUGGGCUGUUACCUGUGCAUUGUCUGAUCAUUUCGCUCCUCUGUUUAUUCCUCUGUGUAAUGUUUGUACUGUGGGAUGUUGCUAAAUGAGCAGUCCUGCGCUAAAGGCAAUUACUUUGUAAAAUUAGCCAGUUCAGUUAUGGUGGCAUUAUUUGAUUUCCUAAUAGCACAAAUACGCUCUUUAAGACUCAUGUAACUUAUAAAAUACAUUUCUAACAUUUACAAA